AUGAAAUACUCCCUUACCGCAGCAGCGCUGUUCGCAGCCUCCGUCUCCGCAGACCUCUGUACGUACGGCAGCACCGACGACGGUGGCAACUAUUACUGCAAGCAGGUCAACGCCAUCACGUACCAGGGUGUUGGGGGCUCCGGAUCCUACAACAAGAUUACGGCCAUGGAAGAGAGUGCGGGAUGCUCGAGCACUCCGUACAGCUACAGCGGAACCCUUGCUCCUUUCGACGAGGAAGUCUCCAUGCACUUCCGGGGACCGAUCAAGCUGAAGCAAUUCGCCUUCUACGCGCCAGCGAACGGCACCGCGACGAGCUACAAGGAGAAGCGUGAGGAGAAGCGCGAGAUUGAGCGUCGCAUGAGUGCGCACGCAAGGCGCCAUGCCCACGCUCACGCACAUGCGCACAAGAACCAGGAACGUGCGGUCGGUGAUACCGUCUACGCGACCGUCGAUGGUGUGCUUGAGAGCUGGAUUAACGAGUACUCUGGCCAGACGCCAGCGACCUCGUCAUCGUCUUCGUCCGCUGCGGCUGCAGCUACGCCUGCCAGCUACAACACCGGAGGAUCCGGAUCUUCAUCUUCCAGCUCCGCAGCGGCAGCUUCUUCCUCUUCAUCGUCGUCUUCGUCAUCGUCUUCAUCAUCGUCUUCAUCAUCCUCCUCGUCGGACGGCGCCAGCGGUGGUGAGGGCUGGACUCGUCAAGCUUACUACGAUUCCGAAUCGCAGACCGCCGAAGGCCUCGUCUUCCUGAACCACAUGGGUGGCUCUGGAUCCGGAACUUUCGACUACACCUUUGGCAACUCCCUGUCCUACUCCAGCGCCGACGGAACAGCUGGCGCGUCCUCUCCUCAGACCCUGGAGGAUUGCCAGCUUGGUUCCUCCGAGGAAGUCAUCAUCAUGUCCGACCAGAAGUGCUCUGGUGACUCUUGCGGCUUCUACCGUGACGGUACCGUCGCCCACCACGGCUUCGACGGCCCAAGCAAGGCUUUCUUCUUUGAGUUCGAGAUGCCAACCACCGGCGAGACCGCUGCCAGCGAGUACACGCCCGUCGACAUGCCGGCCAUUUGGAUGCUCAACGCCCAGAUUCCCCGUACUCUGCAGUACGGUCAGGACGACUGCUCCUGCUGGAAGACUGGCUGCGGUGAGUUCGACAUCUUCGAGGUCCUCGCUGCAGGUGACAAGCGCGCCAAGUCGACCAUCCACAGCAACAACGCUGGUGGUGACUCGGACUACUUUCCCCGGCCAGAAAGCGGCACCAUCAAGCUGGCCACUCUGCUGUACGAGGACAACUUCCACAUCAAGAUCAUUGACGACAGCACCGACUUCGGCUCAACGAUGGGCUCGACCUUCAUCACCGAGAUCUGCGAGGAUACCCUCAUCAACAGCUUGGAGAACCUCGUUUCGCUCAUGACCCUCAGCGGCUCGAGCGGCUAG